AUGGCGACGCUCGCGACACCGGACGACCUGACAGCAGUGCGGCACCUGCUGCAGAAGACGCCCACCGACUGCCUCUGUGUAAAUCUGAUCCCGCGUCUGAUGUCGAAGCUGCGACAGCUGUCGCGGGCCGGCAGCGCCGACAAGACGCCUGCCGUCCCUGUCGACGAAGUGGCUACGUAUCUGGACGCGAUACUAUUGGCUCGGGCCGACCGGCUCCUGCACGACGGGACUUGCGUCGACAGGGCUACACCUUUCCAGCACCCGGAGCGGCCUUUGCCCUUUGUGUCGAGAGACGCGUUGUUUGAUCGAGUGAGGCCCCGAGAGAGCACUCGAGGGCUCUGUGGCUACUUGUUCCAGCGCCACGACCUUGCGUUCAACUGCAGGACGUGCGGCGCCGACGACACGUGUGUCUUGUGUGUCCAGUGCUUCCAGCAUGGCAACCACGACGGCCACGAUGUGUUGUUCCAUCGGACGAGUCCAGGCGGGGUCUGUGAUUGCGGAGACAGCGAAGCGUGGGCGCCAGAGGGGUUCUGUGUCCGUCAUGGGCAACCAGCAGGAGACGCUGCUGCCCAUUUGAACAGUACGGAUGCAGAACUGUUGCCAGUCGAGGUUGUCCACGUAGCCGAUGCGCUCUUUACAGCGAUUGUGGGCUUUUUUGUGGAGAUGGCCAAGCAAUCAAUGCAGGUGUUCAAUGCUGAGUUUGUCGAUGAACAAGGACGACAGGUGCUUGAUCGAUUGUGGCUCGAGAUACAAGAGCGUGGGGUUAGCUUGGAAGAUGGACAGCUGAUGGAACGACAGUUUCAUGUGAGAAUAGCUAACGACGACGUACACUCGGACGAGGAUUUGGUCCAAUCUCUGUCUCGAAAACGAAUUCUGAGGGCAAACGACCUCGUGCGUAGAAUCGACGCGAACGGGUCGGAGAUUGUAGCUCGAAACUUGGUGCUGCGCGACGCACUGACACUCAUGCAGGCGCUACAGCGUGAAGGUUGGCACGUGUGUGUGGUGCGGGACGAUUUUGUACAUGACGAAAACGUCUUGUUGCGGGUAGCACAGUGGGUGAGGACAGUUUGCUCACUUUCCACACAGCUGCACGCGCUAUUUUGUGAAAAGUUAUUUGCUGUGGAUGGCCAAGACGAAGAGCCGCUUCAGGUCAUGUUUCUUUCGCACCCGUAUUUCCGCAAAGAUAUCGUUCUGGAGCUAUUUAAAUUGUAUCUGAAGCUACAGGGCGACAAAGAUUCGAAGCUGCAGUUUUCGGUUGUUUUCUACAAAGUGUACAGCCGUCUCAUGCUCAUGUACUUCAGUGGAAUCGGAACGCGUAAAGAGUCGCUAUUCCAAUACGGCGUGCAAAUUUUCACAACCCCUUCUAUUGUGCAUCAUUUGGCAAGCGUGGGUUUGUUGGACAUGCUUUUGGAAAGUAUUCACACGGCUCUUGAGAUGGUGCAGGCCCCAUCGCUACCGCCACCCCAGCAUCAAUGUGCUUCCCGCGCGCUUGACUGUGACCACCCACUGCUUGAAUUCAAGCGGUACCACUAUUUGUUUGAACAUUUGGCCUAUGUAUUGGGUAUACCAGCCAUGUCGAGUGCCCUACUUCUCCGGCGUGAUUUACUAGAGAAGCUUUUGCGGAUGCUUGGACGAAUCCAGGGCUUGGACCCUCAAGUGCGGAUACAGAAUGGUUGCGCGCAUGUCACAUACGAAAGCCAGUCUUGGAUCACUGCAUUUGACUUUCACGCUGGCGUAAGCAAUAUAAUAACGCUCAUGUCAAAUGGGCUUCGCAAUCACGAAGCUGCGACCACGCAAACGCACACCAAGGAUCGCGAACGUAUGGUGUUGAACGUGCUGGAAGGAAUUUUGCAUCAGUUGGAUCCGGCUGGUACAGCUGCUACUCAGUUGCAACUGUUUGUUCCACCGUGUGGCAGGUUGAUGGGAUUGGAUUCCUCUUUUGCGGAGAUACCUAAAUAUGACGUGUCGACACAACCUGUGUCCUUCCACAACCCACUUCACAGUCUAUUGAGUCGAUUCUUGAUCGAGAGCCUCUACCAUAGCCCACCUCCUUCUUCCGGCACCGCGACGUCAUGUGAUGCAAGCUGGGGCGUACUUUUGGAGCGCUUGAUGGUAAAUGUGAUACAACGAAGUGGAGCCAAGGAUGAGAAGCAACUCUUGGGCGUUGAAGAGAAGAAGACCGUGCUGGCGUACAGUAUUUUGGAAUAUCCACUGCGCUCCUUGGUGCUCUGUGCGCAGAUUAGCUGUGAUCUUUGGGUCCGCAACGGGCAGAAAAUGAAACGCCAAUUAACGAGCUACACUUGCCCGCCCUGGUGCAGUAAGCUGCGCGACUUGGACUUAUUCAUUGUGCAAGUAAUUGCAACAGUCGUGGGCUUUCCCAAACUUCUGACGAUCUUUUUCGAGCGAUUUGGUCUUUCCGAAUGGCUCCUCUCGUGGAGUGAUGCUACUGCUACUGACAAGAGCCUUGACACCUCGACCCUAGAGCCAUUCGCCAGCAAUUCGGAGGACGAAAAGCAAGUAAGCAUGCUGGAAGCUGCUCUUUUACAGCUAAUCUGGAUCGCUACUGAAGUCCCACCUCCACUAGAUGAGAUCGAACAGCGUGACACGGUACUUCGUCGCGAAGUCAUCCAUCAGCUGAGCCAGCACCCUUGCCGGUUAUCGGAAUUGCUUGAUCAGACCGCGUUUGUUGUUUCAACACCUUCUGGCGGCAUAUCAGCUGUGCAUAAAGAGCAGCACGUUACCCGACUUGAGCGUAUUUUGGACGAAGUGGCUGAUCAGCAGGUCAAACGUUCUGUCAAUGUUGCUGCUUCAGGCGACGACAGGGACGACGAGGGCCGCAUCGGAGACGGAGCGACGGGACCUAUUGUGUAUAAUUUGAAAAAGGCAUACUAUACAGAGUACGAUCCUUCCUUCUACCACAUAAGCCGCCCUUGUCAUGAGAGGGCACAAUUUGCGCGGCAGGAGGCUUUGUUCAAGACAUGGAAAGUUGCGGACCCACCUAUCCCGUUAGUAGCGCAAAUACCACCCCCUCAUUCGUCACUAGGUGCAUUGCAUCAUAUUGUGCUCGAGAAGGGAUUGCUGGGCGUAUUGCGGCUUAUCUUUCUAGACGCAAACGCCCAUGCUGCUGGUUACUGCGAUGGCGCGGGUCGUACUAUUGGAACUAAAAGAACGAAUGCCACGGUGGUUGUACGCGCCAUUCACAUUAUUAAUUUGGUUGUGCUUGUACUAGAGCGAGGUACUGGCAGUACCUCUCAGCUACAACAACACGGAGCUGUAUUGUCCGACAGUGAGAGACGUCAGACACUUGCACUUCUGCGCAGUGGUCCCGAUGCAUUUCAGGAAGUCGACACGACUCCUCGUGAGCAAAAGCGUGUGAAGCGACAGCCAGCGUCAUUUGAUGACUGUGACGUGCACAUGACCAAUGAAGGCGACCAGAGUGACCUGGGCAGGGUGAAUGAUUUGAGUAUCGUUGCGCUACUUGUGUCAUUGUCGAAGGAUAUGGUAAAGCAUGACUUUGAAACCGCAAAGUCGACGAUCUCAGCAAUCUAUUGGAUCUUACACAAGUUGGCGACGUUGGACUACACGAUUCGUGCUUACGUUGAGGUCACGAUUCGGAGUGGUCUAAAACAGCACGACGACCUAGUUACGAAGAACGGACUGUCGAAGGCCGAACUAAAGGUUUCGAACCAGCAGCGUGCUAUUGCAGCGAUGGUGGCACGUCAAAACGCAUUUGCGCAGUCUUGUGCAUUUAGCAAUGCCGACGAUGAAGACCAAGCGGAUGACAAUGCAGGGCGGUCCGAUAGUAGCAGCAAUUGUGGUCUUGUCGAAGACAGUUUCCAUCACGAUGGGCCGAGACGCACGUUUGUGUAUCGACCACCACCACCUCCGGACUGCAUCAUUUGCUCCCAGAAACAGAAGAAUGCACCAAUCAUGUACAUCGGUCACGCGCAAAUGAGUCAAGUUGAUGCACACGCACGGGAAGAUCUUCUCGGCCGAGUGGAGGCUGUUGUGACAGGCGGGAACCAGGAUGAUGCCAGCAACAGCACCGCAGCAUCUAAUGCUGCCUUUUCUCCGCCCCAAGUUCAUUUAUCAAUAUGUGGCCACGCCGUGCACCUGCACUGCUGGCAGAAGUAUUUUGACUCAGUGAGGGCACAAUCUCAAGCUACCUUUGACCACAGUCGGACAAACAUAGCAUUUGAUGCGCAAUCCGGUGAAUUUCUUUGCCCGCUUUGCCAAGCACUGAGUUCCAUGCUUGUGCCGUGGCUUCCCAUUUCCUCUCCUUUGGCAUUGGCGGAACAGCAACGCGACCGUGAUGCGAUGGAGCGCGUGUUCCGGUCCUCGCAAGAUACGUCUUGCAUUUUGUCUUGGCUCCUGCAUGGACUUUCAAGUCGAUUGGAGACUCUCGCUACAAAGGACGCGAUAGAGCGAGAUGAUGAAGGAGGUGAAAGAACUCGGAUGCCGCAAGAAGAAGACAUUUGUGCAAUGAAGUGCUUCGCAUUAUCAGUGUUGGAAACAAUGUCACGGUUCCAACCAGAAAUGGCGGACCUUGCAUCUGCAGUGGAUGGUCUCAAGGAGGGAUUCCGUUCGACCGGACCGCAGCUGACCCACUUGAUCUGGUGUGCGCUUGCGUCGACCAUAGCGAACACUCAGCUAAGCUGCAUCUCGUCAGCAAUGUGCUCACUUGAGCCACUAGUUUCUGCUCCAACGAACGGGCACGGAGAUGCCGUUCGACGAUCAAAUUGUGCUCACCGGACGUCUGGAAGUACUGGCUCAGCAGUUGAGGUGUCUUCAUUUUCUUCUCUUAGCUUCUCAAACAUUCUGAAUCCAGCUGUCCCGUGCCUGAAAGAUCGAGUGGCUGUGUCGUUGCCAGAAGCGCUGGACAUUCACUUGGAUCAACGCACUCCCAAGGAUGACAACAAACUGAAUGUCAUACUCCGCUCAUUGCGCCACGUGCCGUUGCUAUUCGCAAAGCACGGUCGGGGAUUCUACCAAAGCAUGUGCUUUCCAAUUGCUCAAAACUUUCGAUGCGCUCUAUCCCUCGAGCAAUGGUUAGAGGCAUUGCCAGACGGACCGCCGCUGCAGUUGGGCCAACCAAUUUUGGGUCAAGAUUUGCUCUACCUCGGUGUUGCCAUUUGCAGUAGCAUGCUGACGGCAAAGGCUGACAUCUUGCUCACGAUUCGGUCUCUUUGCAUCUUACGCAUGGCACAAGUGCUCAUCCAACUUGCGCAAUCGGAAGCUGAAGACGAGAACGAUAGCCUGAAAGAGCAGGUUGAAGCCGAAAGAGGAGGGACUGCUGCGGCCGACGAGUUAUCGUCCGAGCAACAGGAUGAACGGCAACGUGGGUUGGAGCUCCUCAUGCGACGUCUUGCACAGGAGGCCGGUAUGGACAUUGCUGUUACCACAACAGGAGGAUGCGAAGAAGGGGACUCGGUAGUUGUACACAAAGGCCCGGCUCCACGUGGCCGACAGCUCGAGCUUCUGUUCGAGUCGUCAUGCCUGACGUUUAUGCAGCAGGUGACGCUUUUAUGCCGUGCACUUUUCAGAGGCGAACAGGACCCUGAUGCUUCAUGGAGCGCCAACUUUUCGAGUUCGCUGCGGCUCAGCACAAAGUACAACGACAUGUGCCAGCAAAUAGGAUUGCCGCACAUCACUCAGUUGUUGGCAGACGAGGCACUAGUAGAAUACCUCUUGCGGGCAGCGCGUGAGCUGCGAGUCCGUCCCACCAGUGCUGCGGUUCCUGAAGAGUUGCAGCUUCAUUAUAGACAUCACGGUCACGCUGAUCCGAUCAUUGCAGACCUGAAGAGAUUAAGUUCAAGCGAAAUGAUGGAAGGCACUUUUGAGAGAGAAGCGCUGAUUUUACGAAGCAAUGUGGCGAAAAUGCCGGGACUUCCAUUGCGACUGAAGCCAGACAUCCACUUGGGAAAGAACUGGUUUUAUGCCGCGCAUAUUCGGUUGGUGAAAUUGGCCUCUUUGUACACGGACCUGCACUCGGAAAUGCUGGACAAAAGCAAGUGCAAGCAGACAGGCAGGAGAAUGGAAAGCCCAUCGAUCUGCCUUGUAUGUGGACAAGUCUUGUGUGCCGGAAUGGAGUGCUGUCGACGAAGUAGCGACGGGAUGGGCGCUUGCACGCGUCACGCUAUCGCAUGUGGCGCUGGUGUUGGUCUUUUUUUCCUCAUGCGAUCGACCUCAGUACUCUUGGUGUUCGGUUCACGCAGUUCCUUUUUUGGGUCUCCUUACCUCGACAUGUUUGGCGAAGAAGACAUUGGACUGCGUCGUGGACGGCCAUUGCACUUAAAUGCAGCGCGGAUGGAGGCACUCCAGGCGUUGUAUGUGAAUCACCAGCUAGCAAACGAGGUCACGCGAAAUCGGCGCACGUCCGACCAAUACAUUCGAAACAACUAUUACUGA